AAUUUGGCGACUGUUAGUUUGUGUAUGAUUGUGUAUGUUAGUUGUUAGUUAGUUAGUGGAUGCACUUUGCUUUUGAAUUUGUGUGAUGAGUAACAGUUACCCGGGUAUCGUUCGUAUUUAAUUCGUAUGUUGCUGCUGCAAUGCGACUGUGUAUCUGAAUAGAGCAAGAAAAUGGCGUAGAUGUCGAAAAAUCGUUUUAGAAAAAUUGUGCAAAACUCCAGUGGAAAUUAUUAUAAAGUGCAGACGAAAUGUUUCCUGGUGGCAACACCAAUGCCAAUUUAGGCUACAACAAACACAAUCAAUAUAUGCAGCAACCGUCACAUUUUCUAGCCGCCCCAGUUCGCGGUCCGGGUCCAGUUCCCAGCCCAGCAAUCGGCAAUCCACUGGGUGCAGCAGCUGCAGCGACGGUCAUGCCACUGAACAUGCAGGGCAGCAUCGACUGGGCGCAGCUGGCACAGCAAUGGAUACACAUGCGCGACUCGUCAGCAGCGCCGCCAAUGGCUAAUUUUAGCAUGAAUAUGCCAAUUGCGCCUCCGCCGCCGAUCAUUAGCAACGCCCCAGAGUACCACCAACAUCAACACCAUCAGCAGCAGCAGCCGGCAGUGCGUCUGCAGCAGAUGAAAACAGCAUCACAAUACGAGGAGCACGGCGAGGCGGAAAUGGACAUGGAUAUAGAUGAAGAGGAGAAUGAAAAUAGUGUGCGUGCUCUGCAUCAUAUUGAGAGUCUGCCACCGCCUCCCAUUGUUACGCAAUCCCAAUGGAUGGCCGGCAGGGCCAAUGAUGUGCCCAUCACAGUGCCAUCCAGCGAUGCAAUCGGCUCUGGCACUCAGAAAUGGAAUGAUUGGUCGACGCGUAACAAUCCCACUUCGCAUAUUCCAUCGCUUUUAAAACUUAACGUUUGCAAUCCCAAUGAACCACCACAGAUGCCGCUGCAAACGCAUCAGCCGCCGCACAACAUCACCAGCGUUGGCGGUGGCGCCGCCGUCAGCUCAACCAGUGAUAUUGAUGCAAACAAGCGUAAAAUGUUGCCAGCAUGGAUUAGAGAGGGUUUGGAGAAAAUGGAGCGUGAGAAGCAGCGUCAGCUAGAGCGACAGCAACGCACAACGCCGGAACCCGAAUUGCCAGCGAUCAAUGUUAAGCAAGUAUCAAGCAAAACACUAACAACACCUGUUAAUCAAUUGAACAUGUCGAACGUGGCAAGCGACAGCGAAGAUUCAAUUGCCGCCAAUGAGGAGGCAACGCAUGCGCCCAACAUGGCUCAGCUAAUAGGUAAUGAUGUAUUGAGUAAACCCACUAACAGCGAUGACGAGCACGAGCACGUCCAGGACGAUGAUGAUGACGAGGAGGACGACAAACAGCAGCAGCACGCGCAGCAGCAGCAGCAAGAUUCAGUCAGUCGAGACAAUGUUGCAGCUGUUUCAGGGGCAAGCAAUGCCGAAACUGCAUUAAGUGGUAAAAACUACGAAGAAAGACUAGCCGAUUUGAUGCUUGUUGUGCGUCGCACACUAACCGAAAUACUGCUGGAAACGACAAACGAAGAGAUUGCAGCUAUUGCUACUGAAACACUCCAAGCGCAUCGCGCUAAAGCGUCAUCAGCCCAAGUGAUUCGCAAAAGCGCCUUGUCCUCCAUUACCGGCAACUUGGGUUUAGCUGUCUACGGCGAUUCCUCGAGCGAUAGCGAAAACGAUGAAGCUGCUGAUGGCGCUAACGAUGGCGCUCAACUCGAACGCAUCGAUGCAUCUUCCAAAGAUGACGAUGAUACUGCCGAGCUUAGCAUAGAUGAGCUUAAGGCACGCAUACGGAAAAGCAAACGUGCCUUUGAGAAAGUCAUUGAUGACAUCGAGGAGCGUGUAUCGCAACAGGAGCAAUUGGAUGAGCAAAAGCUACAGCAUCACCGUAAGCUGGAACUUGAGCAAGCCGAGGCUGCCAGGCAGUCCGCUCAGAGUGAUCAGCGGCACACAGAUACGCCAGCCGAUGAGACUGCAACAGCAACGACAGCAGCUUCUGCCAAUGACAAACUACAUCAAUUUAGUGUCAAACGUCUGAGUCGAAAGGAGCGUACAACGCGCUUCAGCGACAACAAGGACGGCAAGCCAGCUCCGAAUUAUGUGAGCCAAGUGGUGGCAGCUGCGACGGUGCCAAGCGGCAGCAUUAUGCCGCAGAAACCAAAGCCUGUCCCCAAUCCGGCCACCAAUUUGCUACAGAUGCCCGAAUCGAUGGCUAGCAUGCUGAAUGCGGCAAACAAGGCGCUCGACAAGGCAAACAAAACGUCCAAAAAGUCGAAGAGCCGUCGUCGUCAGUCCACCUCAUCCUCGUCUUCCAGCAGCGGUGAUAGCAGCAGUCGCAGCUCAAGCAGCGACACCAAUACCAGCUCCAACAGCUCCAAGUCCUCCCGCAAUAGCAAUGGGAGCAGCACUCGUAGCAGCGCUGCUGCCAAAAAACAAGGCAAGAGCAGCCACCGGCAGAGCAGAGGCAGCAGCGAUCACCGACAGCGAAGCGACUCUAGUCGCAAGGGUCGUCGCAAGGACCACCAUAGUAGCAGUCGCCAUAAUUAUAACCGUCAUCGAAGUAGUCACGAGAGUCGAGAACGCGAUCGUGAUCGAGAUCGGGAUCGGCAUACAAUUCACUAUAGCAGCCAGCAGCAGCAGCAUCGACGACGAGGUGGUCGCCAUCAGCGAGAUUCGAGCAACUCGGCAGAGGAGGAGGGUAGCAGCAGCUAUAGACGCGGCUCGCGGCACAGCAGCAGUCGCAGCCACCAGAGCAGCAGCUACAGCAAACAUCGAGAACGGACUCGAUCCCGAUCCAAUUCGCGAAGUACACACAACUCCCAAUCGUCCGUUUCCACAUCGCAUCCGCAGCCGCAUCGCAAGCGUAAAUAAAUAAAUAUGCAAUAAUUGAACAGUCUUCUGUUUAUGAUGAUACUCUUUAAUGAAGCUUAAAACAAUAUACAAAAAUUAUAAUAAACGUUUUAAUUGAUAUCUCCUA